GUUUUUCCCUUUUACGUAAGUUGUUCCAAACAUGUUUGUAACAACCCCCCGGUGAUGCACCUUUGGCAAAAGUGGUUUUGGGUCCAAAGAUCAGUGCUGGGACAAGUGACCUGCCCGCGGCAAACAAGAGGCCACAGAGUAUAAAACCCCAGCGGUGCGGUGGAGCACAGGACAGCCUGAGCCGUGCCGAGGGGCAGUGGCUGCAGAGGAGGAUGGAGGCCGGUAUGAACCUCCUGCACGACACGGGCAUCCAGGCGACACGCUGGCUGCAGGAGUACUUCCAGGGCUCCCAGGACUGGUUCCUCUUCAUCUCCUUCGCCGCUGACCUCAGGAAUGCUUUCUUCGUCCUCUUCCCUAUCUGGUUCCACUUCAGCGAGUCGGUGGGCAUCAGACUCAUCUGGGUGGCCGUGAUCGGUGACUGGCUCAACCUCGUCUUCAAGUGGAUCCUUUUUGGGGAGAGACCGUACUGGUGGGUCCAUGAGACGGACUAUUACAGCAACACCUCCGCCCCAGAGAUCCAGCAGUUCCCGCUCACCUGCGAGACUGGCCCUGGGAGCCCCUCCGGCCACGCCAUGGGAGCAGCAGGUGUGUACUACAUCAUGGUGACGGCCCUCCUCUCUACUGCCAUGGGGAAGAAGCAGUCGAGGACACUCAAAUACUGGGUGCUGUGGACGGUGCUUUGGACAGGGUUCUGGGCAGUUCAGGUCUGCGUCUGCCUGUCCCGAGUCUUCAUUGCUGCCCACUUCCCCCAUCAGGUCAUCGCGGGGGUCAUCUCAGGGAUGGCCGUGGCUAAGACCUUCCAGCACGUCCGCUGCAUCUACCACGCCAGCCUCUGCCGGUACCUGGGCGUCACCUUCUUCCUCUUCAGCUUCGCCCUGGGCUUCUACCUGCUGCUGCUGGCACUUGGCGUGGACCUGCUCUGGACGCUGGAGAGGGCGCGGAGGUGGUGCGCCCACCCCGAGUGGGUCCACAUUGACACCACGCCCUUCGCCAGCCUCCUCCGUAACCUGGGCAUCCUCUUUGGGCUGGGGCUGGCCCUCAACUCCCACAUGUACACGGAAAGCUGCCGGGGAAAGCAGAGCCGGCAGCUGCCCUUCCGCCUGGGCUGCAUCACCGCCUCCCUCCUCGUCCUACACCUCUUUGAUGCCUUCAAGCCACCCUCCCACAUGCAGUUGCUCUUCUACGUCCUCUCCUUCUGCAAGAGCGCAGCUGUGCCGCUGGCCACUGUUGGCCUCAUCCCCUACUGCGUCUCCCAGCUCCUGGCCACGCAGGACAAGAAGGCUGUCUAG